GAGGAGGAGGAGGAGGAAGAGCUGGACCCCAGGAUACAGGAGGAGCUGGAGCAUCUCAACCAGGCCAACGAGGAGAUCAACUGCGUGGAGCUCCAGCUGGACGAAGCCCGCACCGCCUAUCGUCGGAUCCUUUCCGAAUCGGCGAGGAAGCUCAACGCUCAAGGUUCCCAGUUGGGCAACUGCAUCGAGAAAGCUCGACCCUACUACGAAGCUCGGCGCCUCGCCAAGGAGGCUCAGCAGGAGACGCAGAAAGCGGCGUUGCGGUACGAGCGAGCCGUCAGCAUGCACAACGCCGCGCGCGAGAUGGUCUUCGUGGCCGAGCAGGGGGUCAUGGCCGACAAGAACCGGUUGGAUCCCACCUGGCAGGAGAUGCUCAACCACGCUACUUGCAAAGUCAACGAGGCGGAGGAAGAGAGGUUGCGGAGCGAGCGGGAGCACCAACGCGUGACCCAGUUGUGUCAGCAAGCCGAGGCCAAGGUCCAAGCCCUCCAGAAGUCCCUCAAGCGUGUCAUCGUUAAGAGCAAGCCUUAUUUCGAGCUGAAAGCCCAGUUCAACCAGAUCCUUGAGGAGCACAAAGCCAAGGUGACGGCGCUAGAGCGGUUGGUGUCCCAAGCCAAGACGCGU